AUGAUGGCAUCUCGCCGCGCCUCGUCCCGGCUCGUCCCCGCCCUCGCGCUCGUCGCGCUACUCUGCUUCGCGCGCAUCGAUCACGCCGUGUGCAACGCGCGCUCGCUCGGCCUUCCGCGUUUCGGGGGAAGGAUCGGCGGCUUGAUGGGGGGAUCGGGGACUGGCCGGCGGCCCCCCUCGACCGGCGGAGGCGGCGGAAGUGGUGCGACGAGAGGCGGGAAGAGCGGGCAGGGCGGGUUUGGCUCUCAAGGAGGUGGCGGAAUGAGCGGACAACCGGGUAGCGCGGGCGGAGGGGAGAUGGGCGGAGGAGGCACGGGCUGGGGAGGUGUGGGCGGAGGAGGCGAGAGCGGAGGAGGCGUGGGCGGAGGAGGCGUGGGCGGAGGAGGCGUGGGCGGAGCAGGCGUGGGCGGAGGAGGCAUGGGCGGAGGAGGCGUGGGCGGAGGAGGCGUGGGCGGAGGAGGCGUGGGCGGAGGAAGCGUGGGCGGAGGAGGCGAGGGCGGAGGAGGCGUGGGCGGAGGAGGCGUGGGCGGAGGAGGCGUGGGCGGAGGAGGCGUGGGCGGAGGAGGCGUGGGCGGAGGAGGCGUGGGCGGAGGAGGCGUGGGCGGAGGAGGCGUGGGCGGAGGAGGCAUGGGCGGAGGAGGCAUGAGCGGAGGAGGCAUGGGCGGAGGAGGUAUGGGCGGAGGAAGCGUGGGCGAAGGAAGCGUGGGCGGAGGAGGCGUGGGCGGAGGAGGCGUGGGAGGAGGAGGUAUGGGCGGAGGAAGCGUGGGCGGAGGAAGCGUGGGCGGAGGAAGCGUGGGCGGAGGAGGCGUGGGCGGAGGAGGCGUGGGAGGAGGAGGUAUGGGCGGAGGAAGCGUGGGCGGAGGAAGCGUGGGCGGAGGAGGCGUGGGCGGAGGAGGCGUGGGAGGAGGAGGUGUGGGCGGAGGAAGCGUGGGCGGAGGAGGCGUGGGCGGAGGAGGCCUGGGCGGAGGAGGCAUGAGCGGAGGAGGCAUGAGCGGAGGAGGCGUGGGCGGAGGAGGCGUGGGCGGAGGAGGCAUGGGCGGAGGAGGCAUGGGCGGAGGAGGCAUGGGCGGAGGAGGCAUGGGCGGGGGAGGAGGCAUGGGCGGAGGAGGGAUGGGCGGAGGAAGCGUGGGCGGGGGAAUUUUGGGCGGAGGAGGCGUGGGCGGAGGAGGCAUGGGCGGAGGAGGCAUGAGCGGAGGAGGCAUGGGCGGAGGAGGUAUGGGCGGAGGAAGCGUGGGCGGAGGAAGCGUGGGCGGAGGAGGCGUGGGAGGAGGAGGUAUGGGCGGAGGAAGCGUGGGCGGAGGAGGCGUGGGCGGAGGAGGCGUGGGCGGAGGAGGCGUGGGCGGAGGAGGCAUGGGCGGAGGAGGCAUGGGCGGGGGAGGAGGCAUGGGCGGAGGGGGCAUGGGCGGAGGAGGGAUGGGCGGAGGAAGCGUGGGCGGAGGAGGCGUGGGCGGGGGAAUUUUGGGCGGAGGAGGCGUGGGCGGGGGAAUUUUGGGCGGAGGAGGCGUGGGCGGGGGAAUUUUGGGCGGAGGAGGCGUGGGCGGAGGAGGCAUGGGCGGAGGAAGCAUGGGCGGAGGAGGGGUGGGCGGAGGAAGCGUGGGCGGAGGAAGCGUGGGCGGAGGAGGCGUGGGCGGAGGAGGCGUGGGCGGGGGAAUUUUGGGCGGAGGAGGCGUGGGCGGGGGAAUUUUGGGCGGAGGAGGAGGCAUGGGCGGAGGAGGCAUGGGCGGAGGAGGCCUGGGCGGAGGGGGCAUGGGUGGGGGAGUUAUGGGCGGGGGAGGCAUGGGCGGGGGAGGCAUGGGCGGGGGAGGCAUGGGCGGGGGAGGCAUGGGCGGGGGAGGCAUGGGCGGGGGAGUUAUGGGCGGGGGAGGCAUGGGCGGGGGAGGCAUGGGCGGCGGGUCAUCGGGUGGGAGUGCGUGUGGCAACAGUGGCAGCAGCAGGAGCGCCAAGCUCACGAGCAGCAAUGGCAAAAGGGUGAUGACGAGCAACGGGUGUCCGGGGUACGAGUGGCGAGUUGGCGGCACGGUGAACACGCCAGUGCAGCAGACUCUCUCCUUGGCUGUGCCGCUCGCCCCCACACUCGCCGCCUCCGCCAUCCCUGUCUCCGUGGGCGGCUGCAAGAUGGGGCCCAUCGGCUUUGCCCUCAACGGCGUGCCCUUCUACAGUGCAUGCGACGCGCUGGGGCGGGACGCCUUGAAGUAUGAGGGGCCGAGCUUUGACACGUGUGGGGGGCACCCGUCUCCCUUCGGCCAGUACCACUACCACGUCGCGCCUGGCGUCGCCAACCCCUCUGCCAUCUCUGCCUCUCGCACCACCGACUUCCAGCUCUGCAGCGCCUCGUUCUGGCAGGACAGCCCCGGCGAGCACUCUCCACUCGUGGGCUUCCUGGCGGACGGCAUUCCACUCUACGGCCCGCGCGGAGCAGGGGGGGAGCUGCCCUCGGGGGUGGACGAGUGCGGGGGGCACGAGGGGGACGGCAGUGCGGGCGAGCCGGCGUUCUACCACUACCACGCCAGCAGCACCGCGCCCUACACCGUCGCCUGCCUCAAGGGCUGCGUCGCUUCCUCUGACUGGGCCAACCUCGGCUCUGCUUCCUGCACCCAGGCCACCAAGCAAUACGACUACUCUUCACUGGCAGCAGUGCAAGCAGCAUAG